ACUUCCUCCAUGGAGAUUGGAACCAAGAAACAAACCACAAACUAUAUCAAAAUCGGAAUUUUUUUAAAUAAGAAUAAUGAAGAAAAGCACGGUGAUGAUGAUGAUGCUUAUGAUGGUGCUGAUACUGACGUGGCAGAAGCAAUGCUAUGGAUGGGGAACAGAGACAGCAGAGGAUAUGGUUAGAAACGAAGCAGAGCAUGCUAAAAACGCAGCCGAGACCGCUCAUGACACAAAGGAAAAAACCGCCUCUUGGGCUGGCUGGGUUUCCGACAAAAUUUCCACAGGAUUGGGAAGCAAGAAAGAUGAGGCAGAAGAAGCGGCUGGAUCUGCGAAGAACUACGCUUAUGACAAGGCUGGAUCCGCCUAUGACAAUGUGGGUUACGCCAAGGACUUUGCAUCAGACAAAGCUGGAUCUGUUUACGAUAGUGCUCAAAACGCAAAAUAUUAUGCUUAUGAUAAGGCUGGUGAUGCAAAGGACAUAGCCUACGAUAAGACCGGUCAAGCUAAGGACAUGGCUUACGACAAAGCAGGAUCGGCCUAUGAAAAGGCCGGUCAAGCCAGGGACAUGGCCUACGACAAGGCGGGUCAAGCUAAAGAUAUGGUCUACGACAAGGUGGGAUCAGCCUACGACAAGGCGGGUCAAGCCAAAGGUAAGGCCUACGACAAGGUCAGUCAAGCCAAGGACAAAGCCUACGAGAAGGCGGGAUCAGCCUCUGCCAUGGCCGGUCAAGCGAAAGAUAUGGCCUACGGCAAGGCCGGUCAAGCUAAGGACAUGGCUUACGAAAAUGCGGGAUCAGCUUAUGACAUGGCUGAUCAAGCCAAGGACAUGGCCUACGACAAAGCAGGAUCAGCCUCUGAGAAGGCUGGUCAAGCCAAAGACUUUGCCUACGACAAGGCAGCUCAUGCAAAAGACGCUGCCUAUGACAAAGCAGAGGAUGUGAUUAAGAUGGCUACGGAUAAGAGUGGUGAAGCUAAAGAUAAUGCGUAUGGAACAUACAAAAGAUUCAAAGAAGGGUCUAAUAAUGCUAAAGACAUGGAAUCGGAUAAAGCUCAGGAUGUUAGCGAAACCGCAGGACGAGCGAUGGACUACGCAAAAGACAAAGCAACUGAUGCAUACGAAUCGGGGAGCGAAGCAGCGAGAAGAUUCGACGAGGCAAUGCAUAAGGUUGGGGAGAGGUAUGGUGCAGCUAAGGAUUCUAUGUCGGAGAAGACAAAAGAAGCUUAUGAGAGUGCAAAGGAGAAGGCUUCUGAUGCUGCUGGAGAGUACGGCACAUAUGUAAGAGACCGUAGUGCUGAGCUUUAGAACCGACGAGGUAUACUACGCAUUUAGAUUUCAAAUCUUCGUUUGUAAAAUAAAUUUCUUAUAUAUAUAUAUGUGUAUGUAUAUGUAAGAAUGGUGGAGUUGUUUGUAUUUAGUUGCAAAACCAGAUUCUGAAUUAAAGGCGAGUUAGAUCA